UAUGGUUUUCGCGUUCAGUUCUCGGAAUAUGAAGAUUUCCAGCACAUUUCGCUGUCAGUCUUGAUACAGAUCAGUUACAUACAAAUAUCUCGCACCAUGGUGGAUCAAACACAGUGUACAGGAGAAAUCUCUGCUGCCUCAGCUGUGAUUCUCGGAAUUUUGAAUGCAGUAUCCGCAUUAGCAGCCAUCAGUGGAAAUCUAAUGGUUCUUGCGAUUCUCUUCAAGAACAGCUCCCUUCGCCAACCGUGUUAUUACCUUAUAACUUCCUUAUCUGCCAUCGAUCUGUUCGUGGGCAUGGCAGUGAAUCCGUUGUACAUCUUGUUAACCAACGUUGUACCUUGGCAGUACAGAGAGAAACAUCUCUUGCAGCUCGAAAGCUUUUUAGCCAUGUCCAGCUCGAUGAUCAUCAUGCACACUUUGUGUAUAAUGAGCGUAGAGCGCUAUAUCGCUGUCAUAUUUCCGUUGCGUUAUAUGAGCAUUGUAACCGUGAAGCGCACUGUAAUCGCUGCUGUGAUGACUUGGGUGUUCGGCUUCAUGCUCAAUGCCUUUUCUUUUGCACUGGAUACUCAAGACCUGCCAAAACUGUGGAUUAUUUGCGGAGUGUUAACAGGACUUGUUCCCAUGGCAAUCAUCCUUUACACCUAUGGAAAGAUUUUAAUCGCUGCGCGCGACCAGUCGAGAAGAAUUGCAUUCGCAGAGAACAGUGUCUCCGUGAUUUCGCGAGACACCGAAGGCGCCGUGGAUGGCGUUGAAAUAACCCGCCCUCGAAUUGAGCUCAAAAAAGCCAAAAAAAACGCCUGGACCGUGGGGAUAGUUGUUCUGGUGGCACUCUCUCUUUCUAUGCCAGUGAGCGUGGUCAGUUUGCUGCAGAUUGCCACCAGCGACGUGUGCCGUCGCAGACAUUACAACCGAGCAUGGAUGUGGGCUGCUACGCUGUCACUUACUAGUUCGGCAAUGGAUCCAUGGAUCUACGCAAUGAGAAUUCGCGAGUUCAAAGCCACCUUCAAACGCACGCUGUGUAUAAAAUGACUUUAAUGAAGAAAAAAGCAAACACAUCUACUACUGAGGAACUAAACUGUUUUGUACAAAUCCUUAUUCAAAUUUGAAAUGUGUCAGAAUCAAGCUGGUUGUGAAGGGACGACCAAUCAAGAAUCCAGAGGUGAUAAAACCAAUAUACUUCUGUCGGGACGUUAGUAAAAUUCGAAGUGCUUUUUUUUGGUUCAAACGAAGAAGUGGUUAGGAUGACUAUCUUUUAUCACCUAAAUUGAAAGUCCCGCUGUCCCAACUGAAAAACGGCUGUACCUUAGAUAUCUGAGUCGGAAACAAAACACGUAUCUGAUGCGGCCAUAAUUUUUACUCAACAGUUUUCUUCCUCACAACGCAUGCUACUAAUUUGUCACUGAUUAUGAUCUAGCUGAUCAAAAAUUUUAAUCUACGAUUUCAA